AACAUUUAAUUGUCACCGGCUGCCAUUCCGCUCGUAAAGGAGCGUGAUUGUGCUCAUCGUUGUAUUAUACGCAUGGUAGAUACAUUGAAUACUUUACCUCUCGCUCUUAAUGUAACGAAGGCUUGCGAUUAGUCAUCUCGGUGUUUAUUACCGUAGCUCUUUAACGCUAAACACGUUUCGACAGAGAACUUUAACUUUCUUUCACGUGGAGAAUGUUAAAUGCAAUGUGCGUCCGGAAUUUCUACGGAAGACGUUUAUCGGUGUCCGAAAAUGAUUCAUUGAAAAUCAAUUGAUAAAAGCAGAGCGUACUUUCACUGCAUCGAUCGUAAAACAUUGACAAUUUAUCUUAAUCGAAUUUUCAAAUAAAGUAUCGAAGUAAUCAAUUAAUUCAUAAGAUUCGUUAAACUUAUUUCAUCCCUUAAAUAGUAGAUACUAUUUAACACCAUGUAAAUUACUUCUCACCCGAAAUUAAAGCGAAAGACCGGCCGUGUCCGAAAAACAACUUCCAUUCUAAAAAUAAAUUUCGUUCCUAUCCUCUAUUGAUAUCAGUUCUUAUAUAUAAUAAAUCGCGGUCAUCGGUUUUGGCCUGUGGCGAAGUUGUUUUCCAAAGAAUUACCCUCGGUUUAUGAUUAUGACGCACCAUUUAUUCCUGUCCGCGUAGCGCGUUGGACGCUUUAGGUUCAGAGCAAUUGAUGUAAAAGACCAGGCAAAUGACGCCUAAUUCCUAUCUGUACUUUCCUCGACCCUCUGAAGGGUGCAAUUCUCGUUUACCUGAGACCCUUCAAAAACGAAAGCGCCUACGAGUUUCAAAACAAGUCAUAAGCCCCGGUCAAAUCCGGUCCGGCAGUCAUAUUUUCGCUAGCUUUGUCUUCAGUCAGAUGACACUUCGUGGAAAGAUUCAUUGUUUAUCUUUGCUUUGUAUUGGAAAACAGUAGGCAAUAUGUAAGGAGGCUUAUCAAGAUCCUACGACCUACGAUGACGAAUCCCAAUCACUAACACAUUCACACAAUGCCCCUCCCGUCGCGUUACAAGAUAAGAUAGCAAAGCGAUUGUGAGACAGAAGUGAAUUUUGGUUCCGUUCAUAAAUUGUUAACUAUUUUAGUUUAGCACUUUCAUUGACUAUCUAAACAGCCGAGUCUCAUUUUAUCAUGACUCGUGAUUCUGUAGUUUGUUUAAUCGUGUUCCUUGUAUCCCAACUCGUUGGAAUUACAAUUUCUUUGGAAGAAUUGUCGGAAUGUACGUCGUUCUGCGUGUGUGACACUUGGUAUGAUUUGAUGCGCGCUUCUUGCAAUGGUCGCCAUCUUUACAACAUAUAUACAGAUGCACCGAGCAGUGUGCAAGCUCUCGACUUGUCGGAUAAUAUAAUAUCGAGUUUACAUAAUUUCGAGCUGAGGGAUUUAGGGCUGACCAAUUUGAAGUACCUUAAUCUCUCCACGAACGCAAUUAGUGAAAUCAAUCUAAGUGCCUUUGUUGGCCUUAGAGACUUAAAGGUGUUGGAUCUCUCCAAAAACAGGCUUGAAUCUAUUUCAGACGAUCUCUUCGAAGAAAAUAAAAACCUUCGGAUAUUAAAACUAUCGAGAAAUAAUUUCAAAUCAUACGUACCAAAGUUACGAGUUCCCUCGUUAAUGGAGCUAAGUCUGGAUUCGUGUCAGAUUAACCAUUUACCUUCAGACACGUUCAAUGGACUCACGCAUAUUCGUUCCCUCGAUCUCUCAAACAAUUUGAUGAUUCAGAUGAGCUACGACGUCGUGCACACAUUGCACUUUUUGAAAAAAUUAUCAUUAGAAGGAAAUCCAUGGUCCUGCAAUGAAAUGAUGAAAAAUUUACAAUUACAAUUAAAACACAGAAAUGUCGAUUUUGACGAAGUUUGUGGCAAGAAAAAUCGUAUACAGAAAUUUGAAAAGAUAAUUCUGCUACCCGUAUUAAAAACGCAUAACUACUAUCAUCAUCGGACAAAUGUUGAAAAUGGUGUCUCUGUUGAAAAAAAUAAAUCGUUAACGAAACACGACAAGUCCGACACGUUGAAUAACAAGAAUCUCUCGAUGUGUGAGCAAACGCCCAAUCAAACCAUAAUUAACUCAUCGAACAUAUAUUUACCGUAUCAGAUUUUGCUUGCCGGUUAUAUGCUUGGUAUUGGGAGUGGAAUGUUUAUUUGUUAUGUCUGGUUAUCCGGAAAGUGCUCGAUCAACUGGAGAUGCAGGCGUCGGCAACAACCCGACGACGUUUCCUUGCUCGAUUGGUACUAUCAAAAUUACAUGGACAAUGGCACCGACAGAAAUGUGAUUGAAUGUGAUUUACAUAGUCCACCGCCAAGAUAUUCGGAAGUUAUGCUACAACCGGGUCUUUAUCGUCAUCCAUCGAUAUCUCCGAAUUUAAAUAACAAUGGUACCGGACGUUCAUAGAGAGAGUUCAUACGUGACUGUAGAAGUUAAACUUGGUUAAACUCAUUAUCACAACGUGGGAGCUGGAAGACCCUGCGCCCGAGCCCGCUGUAUAAUUUAUUCUGUGAUGAAGUUUCAAUUUUUUUUAUUGUACGUGCUUCUUAUGCAAUGCCUUAUUUAAUAGUGAUGUACACGUGCGAUUGUUAUUAUGCAUCGUACAUUAUUAAUCGGGUCAUCGACCAAGAAAUGAUAAAUGACAAAUGACAAAAAUGAACGGAUUAUGUACAGAGAAUACGAAUUGCACAAAAAUAAAUUUAGUAAGUAAAUUCGA